CCAAUGAAAUGUCGCGAAAGAAGUCGCUUUGUCAGUUGUAUAACAAGUCGCAGAGAUGUUCACUUGUAUUGGAAAAAUAAAAACAAAUCUUUUCAGAAUUUGAGCGGAUUUAUUAAGUAAGGAUUUAAUUUGAAAGGGUUGUUGGAUAGCGUUUUACAAUAUGUUGAGUUCGACACAAACCAGUUAUGUCCAGUACGACGUAACUGAUCAUAGUACCAUUGUCCUUCCAGAAAAUGACACAGAAAAAAAUGCAACAUGUAAUUCCAGUUUGAGCACGAUUGGUAUGCGGGACCGGCAUCCAGCAAUUCGAACUACAGCAGAGAAAGCUGCCAUAAUUUUUACAGAUCCAAUCGAAGCACUGACAGUUAUUGUUUGUGUUUUGGGUAUCAUAGCAAACGUUGCAUCAAUUAUAGCCGUUGUUAAAAUGCGACAAAAAAUGACGACGCACCUCAAACUCAUUAUCAGUCUUUGUUUGUCAGAUGCUUUAAUUUCUCUCGGAAACUUUUCAUUUUAUUUCACUUACAUUAUCUUCCAUGAACAUGAUUGUAUCAAUACUUUAGUCAGGUUGACGUCAGAUAUUGCGAUUUUUGCCACACUUUUGAAUCUUCUUGUCAUGGCCCUUGAUCAUUAUGGCGCUAUCAUUAAACCAUUACGUUACAGACAAAAGAUGACGUUUAUCAAAGGAAAUUGUGCCGUUUUAAUGGUUUGGGUUGUCAGUCUAUUUAUAGGUUUAACGGAAGUCGUGUUUGCUAUCGGUCAAGGCGGGUCGAUUUGCACCGUAAUUGCAGAAGGGAAUUAUAAUAUAGAAGUAGCCAUAAUUCUGUUCAUCUUUAUUGUACUUGUCGCAAUAUGUUUACUGUACGGAAGAAUCUACAGCCGCAUAAGAAAGGCAAUGCCUCGACGGGAAAGGGCACGCCACCAUACCGACUCUGGAAGUGUUAAAGCUUUAAUGACAACUGGGCUCUUUGUCGGGACAUUUAUACUGUUCUGGACUCCCUUUGCAUUUUACAAUGUGUUCAUGUAUAUCAAAAAUAAAACUGACCUUACGUACAUUUUUCGUAAUAUUGAUAAAGUUACAGAAAUCCUUGAUAUCUUAUAUGUGAUUCUUUUACUGAAUGCAGUUUUUGACCCAAUCAUUUAUGCAAUUCGACUACCGAAAGUAAAACAGAGAUUUAAAGCUUUCUUUACAUCAUCAAAGAGAAGUAGUAGAACAAGUAGGACCGACAAAAAUUCAACGAACUUUCAACCGCUGUGAACGAAUUUUCUCAUAUACUUUAUGGAGAUAUUUUUUUCUGAAAACGUGUUUUUUAUUUACAGUUUUAUUAAAAUUAUAUUAAGAAAAUAAAAAAGAUGUUUCUGACAAAGAUUUUAGAGAACAAUAACCAGUUGAAUAUUAUUCUUACUUUUAAUUGCAACUUUUAUAUGUCUCGUAGCGUCCUCCGUAGCAAAUGUGUUUAUAAUUUUACUUUGUUAUAUAUCCUAGAGAUGUCUUAAAUAAAAGCUUAGCUUUCUUGGUUAAAAACUGACAAACAAAGCCAUUUUAUAUACAUAACUUUUGUCGGGUCCGUUUUUUUUUAGCUAAAUGCUAAUAUUCAUAUAAUCCAUUCUUGUUAACAACAGGAGAAAUUUAUACUAAAUUUCUGCACAAUAUAUUUCGAAUCUAACACUCGUAGUCAUGCGAUAUGAAUUUUAAAUGAAUAAAUUUCUUGGGAUACUUGCUUACUACAAAGUUGUUACUUGAUGAAUGUACUUUGUGACAUAGAAAUUCAAAAUAGUGAAAAAGAGGAAGUGGACACAAUAUAAAUAUAUAGCGUCACUUAAAAAAACUGUCAGUUUAAAACAAAAGACCAACUUUACUUGACAUGUAAUGAGUAACACAGCUUCCAUGUGACAAUAAUAUUUUACUGAAAAAUGAACAGAGUAUAUCUUUAUUCAUAAAUUCUUUUGGCAGUCAUUAUUUUUGAGCCUCAUCAAAAUAUUCAAUAACUAAUGACAUAUAAAAGAAAUGAGACUAGAGUUUACUGUAAUAGAUACAUUUGUUUGUAUUGUUUUGUCUAACAUUUAUCGUCAGGAAUGUUGCAGACUUCGCGAAUUUUCGUUUUUUAUCACUUAUCAUAAGUGAUUUUCCUUUUAAAUUUUCAUUACAUUAUUAAAAGUUGUAAAACGUAAUUCUUUGAGCUCUCCGACAAUUCAAUCGUGGUAUCAUUUUGCACAUUUAUAAUGCACAAUUCGCAUUAUAUAUGUACAUUCAUAUCACAUAAUUCUUUCCUUUUUUAUUCACCAAUAGUUUUGUGCAAAAGAAAUGAAAUAUUUUUAUGUUUUCAGUGUUUUCACUUCAGUUUGAAAUUGUAAACGCAGACAAUAAUUGAUAUGCGAGUACUUUGACUUGUUAUUGUAACUUAUAGAUAAAUAUUAUAUAUAUGAUGAUAAAAUGUGAUGAAAUGUGUCAUGAUGAAGAUUUGAGCUACCAAAAGAAUGUUUUUAAUUGACAUGUUUUAUCCACUGAGAGAAAUGUUACUGUGAAUAAUAUAAUGUAAAAAGAAUAUAAGAUAACGGAAAAGAAGAAUGGAUGAUUUAAUUUUAAGUUAUGUCCAAUGUAAUGGAUGAGACAGAGAAAAUAUAUUCAGGCCAGAACCCGGGGAACACAAGACACUGACUUCUGUGUUCUACAUAAAAUAUUAGCGGAAAAGAGACAGGAAAACACCUUCGUUUCAUCUUGUGUCAGAAUUUAAAAAAAUAUUCACACAGAAAAUUAGGGUAAGCUCUGGGUUCACUUGAAACUUUCAUGGAAAAAUAAGAUUAUUUCUAAACGGAAAAGCUAGUUUCUGUUUUAUCUGUCGCCUAAUUUAACAUUCGUUUGACAUGUUUGUUUAAAACAACUCAGUAUUGUACUAAACAAUGUAAAAUAAUCUCAUAAUAUAGGUUCAUUAUUUCAAUAAAGUUGUAUAGAGUGCUAAAGAAUAAAUAUCAAAAAAAGCUUUUUGAAAUAAUAAUUCUACUUGAAUUUAUAUGACAAUUACCAAGAUCUUAUUGUUGUAAUAUUUUCUUUUUUUCAAUGUGAUUUACAGGUAAUUGAUUUUGAUUUAAGCGUAAUUAAAUUGUUAUAAUUGUGUAAACUGAAACAAAUAUAAUGAUUACAAUCACAACUAUAACCAAUAUAGGAACAUAAUCUUUCAUAUCAGUAAAACUUUUAUGGUUAUUUAUUAUGGUAGUUUGCUCUAUAUAAAUAUGUUCUGAAAAUAUUUUGAAACACUUAAACGAUAAUGGUAUCAUUCAAUGUGUUAAGAUACUAAAAUAUUAUUCAGAAUAUUUUUGGCAUGAGUUAUAUAUUCAUAAGUUACUAUCAUAUGACUGUGUAUAAAUGUGAUGCUUAUUUUCCUUUUCGUAAAUUAUUAGCUUA